UUUGUUUUGUAUAAAAAAUUCUCAACAAAAUUGAUCAGGUGACGUAUCAUGUGAUCAAUUUUUAUCGUUUUAUUUUAGUAACUGCUAAAUAUAGAGAUUGUUGAAACAACGAUAUAAUUAAACACUAGAUAGAUCUACUUUAAAUUAUCAACUAUUCAACCACAACUAAUUACAAUGGGUAAUGCUGCUUCUGCUAAUAUCUUAGAAGGAUUCUCUGAGGGGACCAAUUUUGAUGCUGAUGAAGUUAAUCGUUUGAGAAAAAGAUUCAUGAAAUUAGAUCAAGAUGGAUCAGGGACUAUUGAUAAGAAGGAAUUUUUAUCAAUUCCAGGAUUUGAAAACAAUCCUUUGGCUACGAGAUUAAUGGAUGUAUUUGAUGUAGAUGGGAAUGAAACCAUUGAUUUCCAAGAAUUUAUAACUGGAUUAUCAACUUUUAGUGGUAGAACUUCAAAAGAAGAAAAAUUAAAAUUUGCAUUUAAAAUUUAUGAUUUAGAUAGAGAUGGUUUUAUUGGUAAUGGGGAAUUAUUCAUCGUUAUGAAGACAAUGGUGGGAGAUAAUUUAUCUCCUAAUGAAUUACAACAAGUGGUGGAUAGAACUAUUAUUGAAAAUGAUAAAGAUGGGGAUGGUAAAUUAAGUUUUGAAGAAUUCCUUAAUGCCAUCGAAUCAACUAAUAUAAGUUCUUCGUUAACUAUCAAUCUGGUUUAAUCAAGGGAGUAUCUAAUACAUAUUCAUAUUCAUUUUCAUUUUCAUUUCAUUUCUGUUCUUAUUCAUAUCCAUUCAUGUUUAUGUUCAUUUCUAUAUUUAGUUUUUUUAUGUUAUUAAUACGAUUUUAUCAUGACUUUUCCAGGUUUAACCUCAUAUUCAGUAGUUUGUUCAUAAGUACGA